ACGAUAGAAAAUCCGAGAGGAAUCAAAGCGAUGGAAAACGAAAAUCACGUGACGAGAAAACCCAGAAUUCUUUGUCUUCACGGGUUCAGGACGAGUGCGGAGAUUCUCCGAAAACAGGUCUCGGUAUGGCCCGAACCAGUGCUCGAAAGCCUGGACCUUGUUUUCCUUGACGCUCCAUUCGCUGCUGAAGGGAAGUCCAACGUUGAAGGGAUCUUUGAUCCUCCUUACUUCGAGUGGUUCCAAUCUAAUGAGGAUUACACGGAGUUUCGGAAUUUUGAAGGAUGUGUUGCGUACAUUGAGGAUUACAUGAUGAAUCAUGGACCAUUUGAUGGGUUAUUAGGCUUCUCUCGGGGGGCACACAUAUCAGCUGCCUUGCCUGGAAUGCAAUUAAAUGGGGUGGCUCUUACUAAGGUUGCAAAGAUAAAGUUUGUAAUUAUAAUAUCAGGGGCUCAAUUUGGAGGGUCUAAGUUCGGACUACCUGACAUGGCUGCCACUGCAUUUUCAUCUCCCAUUGAGUGUCCAUCUCUCCACUUCAUAGGUGAGCAUGAUUUCUUGAAAUCAGAGGGGAUUGCUCUGCUUGAAUCAUUUGUGAACCCAGUUGUGAUUUAUCAUUCUAAAGGUCACCGUAUACCGAGAUUAGAUGACAAAGGAGUGGAAUUGAUGCUUGGCUUCAUUGAGAGGAUUGAGAAUAUCUCACUCGCAUAAAGGUGUCUCUCUUUACGCGUAUUGUUUAGUUACACUUGCAUCUUCAGUUUCUAUACCUAAGACUUAAUUCAAGGUAGUUCCAAAUAGAGCUGCUGCUUUUGUGUAUUGUAAGUUUUAGUGUGAAAUGAGUAAUUGUAAGUGUUAACCAUAAAUCAUCAUCCAUCUUAAUCAGCGUUGAUCAUGAAUCUUA